AUGUCCGAGUCUGAUUAUGAAGAUGAAUUGUCAGAAUCUAAGGCUUUUCUCGGUUUUGUUGAUGUUCCCAUCUCUGAAACUGAACGGCCGGAACUGGAGGAUACCUUUAUUGGCGGCAAGCCUAUCUGGCUAAACCCAAAAUCUCCACCGCCAAACGAGUUACUUCAGUGCAAAAGUUGCAAAGAACCGAUGCAUCUUUUGCUCCAGUGCUACGCCAACCUUGCAAACACUUUUUACGACAGGGUGAUUUAUAUAUUUGGGUGCGACAAGGCACGUUGCAGAAGAAAAAGUGGAUCUGUCAGAGCUCUGAGAGCACUUUCUAGAGAUCCUGACCUUAUUAAGAAAAGAAAACAGGAACUAGAAGAAUUCGAAAAUAGAAAAAAAGUAGCACAGCAGAAGGAAGCAGAAACUAAAAGCAAACUGGAAUCUCUUGCGAACAGCCUUUUUAGCCCGACAGACUCGACUAACGCGCAGUCGAAUCCAUUUUCAAAUCCUUUUGGCGAAGAAUCAUCCAAUCCGUUCGGACAACCUGAGAAAAAGGAGCCCGCAAAACCAACUUACGCUGAAGUGACAAAGCCAGUCGAGAAGUCACAGCUGCAAGUCAGCGCAGAGCCGAUGAACCUCCCAGCUUAUCCUGGAUACAUAUUGUAUGUUGAUCAAGAAACUUUUGAUCUAAGGAAACAAAAAUUGCCUCCCCUUCCAGAGGUCGACGCGGCAGCUUCCGCCCAGGCCCCGCAACCAAAUCCUUCAAAUCCAUCAAAAAUACCAACUUUGGACGAAAAUGUCUCUAAAAUGGUGGAUGACCCGACAUUCCAGCAUUUCUCGCACAUUGUUUCAUUCAAUCCUACACAGGUACUUCGUUAUGACCUCAAUGGAUCACCGUUACUGUACUCUUCAAAAGACGAUGUGGCCAAAUUGUUUUAUGAUUCCAAUGGAAGACUCCGUCCGCAAGCAUUGAUCCCUAAUCCUCCCUACAAUCCUUCCUCAGAAAGGAGAUUUGAAUUGCAGCUGAUGCCAAAGGCUAUUAUCGAUCUUGAGACUGGAACUGACGACAUAAUGAGCGGAAUGGAGUGGGGAACGAUUAUUGUGGCCACAGACUUGAUGGAUUAUAUUCCCGACCACUUGUUCGAUGAAAACCAUGUGGGGUACGUGGAAGAAUGGUGUGGAGUUCAAUGGGAAGAAGAAUUAAAACUAUAA